AUGGUCUCUGGUUCUUCAUCCAAAACCUAUCUACUUCCUGGCGUCAUGUUCGUAGUCGUGGCUUUGCAAAAUGGCCAUCAUUUUGCUGCAUAUGAAGCAGCAGUCACGCCAGUUCCGCGUUUAGUUGGGAUGGCGAACGGCGUAGUCCUAGAACUCGGACCCGGAUCAGGAAAUCAGUUGCCGCGAUUCAAUCAUUCGUCAAUCUCUCGCAUCUAUGGCAUCGAGCCCAAUGAACAAUUAUUUCAGCAACUUCGCGAUGAGACGAUCGAACGUCAUGGACUGGGCGAUAUUUAUAUUCCGAUCAACGCUGCUCUGGAGGACAGCAAGCUUCUAGAAGAAACUUGGAACCUCGGUAAUAGAAGCGUUGACUCUGUUGUCUGCAUGCAAGUCUUGUGUUCAGUCUCGGAUCCAGAUGCGGCCGCAAAGCGAAUAUAUCGCUUGCUGAAGCCGGGUGGUCAGCUGUUGUUCUGGGAGCAUGCAGCUAGUCAAGAUUUCGUUACAAAACAGGUUCAAGGACUUUGGAAUCUGUUAUGGAAACCUCUGGUGGGCGGCUGCGAUCUUCGUCAUAACAUUGAACAGGCCUUGAUGGACGCAGGUGACUGGAAAGUUGUAGAACUAGGUCAUGACGAUACCGAGUCAUGGCAAUUAGUUAUCGGCGAAAGUGAUGACAAUAUUAAGAUGGAAACAUAUAAAAUAGCGAGCCUCCCCUUGUAUUACACUGUUGCUGUAUCAAUGAUACCCCCUCUUCGUUAA